AGAUGGCUCAAGAAGUGGACAAACGGCGAAAGGAACUGGCAGCUUUUGACAAAGUGUGGGGUGAACAGAACGCUACAGGUAAGCAAUAUACUGGCUGCUCAAUUGCUCUCAUAGAACUGACGUGGCUUUGGUUGUUUAGUUGCGGAUGGAAACGCAGUUGUGCCGCCUGUCCAAGCAGCAGUCUCAACUUCAGCUUCUUUGGCGAGCGGUCAGCCUCUCCCGAAAGGUAUAUAGUUUUGCUGCUAUGCUGACAUAUAGAAUGCUGACAGGGGAUG